AUGAUAAAAACCAGUCACAACAAUGGUGUGAAUGAAGAGUUGGCAACUCAAGGACUAGUGGUUGAUGGUGGUGGAGAGAGGAAAGGAAGUGAAGGGAUUGUGAUCGGAAUGGGAGGAAUUGAAGGGAUGUUUGGCAGUGAAGUGACUGGCAGCGGCGGUAGGGACACCUUCGGAGCUGCAGGCAUGGUGGGCAGCGGCGGAAUCUGGGUGGUUGGCAAAGGCGGCAAUGUUGGCUUUGGCAGAGUUGGGGCUGUUGGCAUUGGAGGCAUUGCUGGAAGUGGAGGCAGUGUGGACUUUGGCAGAGAUGGAAUCGUAGGCAGUGCUGGUGCUGAAGUUUGAAGCAGCUGGCGAGCUCCGAGGCCCAUUUCGAAGCUUGAAAGAGAUAAAAU